AUGACUAGAACUAACAAAUGGACCAUUCACGAAGACAAAGCUAAUCCAAAAUAUUUCACGCAUACUGGGAAUUUCGGUGAAGCUCCAAACAACGUCAAGAAGAAUGGCUCUGGUAAAGGCAAUUGGGGGAAACCUGGUGAUGAAAUCAAUGAUUUGAUUGAAGAUAAUGAAAUCCCACCGAUUUUCAACAAGCAUAGAAGAGGAUCUAACGCUCAAACUAACGAGAAAAGGCUACAUGAUACUCAGUCACAACAUUAG